CGUUAAUAAAUAAAACGACACACCGGCUGUUGCAACAAACAGUAAGUUAGCUUGUGGCUAUUGGAGUACAGACCACAGGCUUGGUUGGCAACCAUUGCUCAAGAAACCGCCGACUGUGGAUCUACUUGUGCCACCCGGUUACCAUAAUAGGAGGCACGGUGUGAUCGCUGGCCUAUGAGGAAACCACGGCGAAAAGGCCAUGUGGCCCCAGGAAGUGGAGCCGAUGCGAAAAAGUCCAAGGGGACACCAGCCAAUGGUCGUGGCGGUGGGGGCGGUACCCGUCAGCGAUCCCCAUCCCCUUACAGCCUCAAAGUGGCUCCGAGCAGGGAGACGCUGAGCUACGCGCAGGCCCAGAAGGUCGUGGAGGUGGAGCUGGAGGGUCGGCUUCACCGGAUCUCCGUUUUAGAACCCUUGGUCGUCAUAACUGAGGACGAGAUGACGGCACAGGACAUCAGCGAGUGUAACAGUAACAAGGAGAACAGUGAGCAGCCAUCACCUCCUGUCAGCACCCCACAGACUGUCAGCAAACCCGCCACGCCGUCACGUGGCCGUUGGAAAGACUCCAAAUGUAAAACGCCUUUUAAGUCGCCGCAACCUUCAAAGAACCACUGCGCCCGUGCUCAAACACCCGAAAAGUUGAAUGCAGCACACAAUCACCUCACACCCCUCCCCAAGCCUUCUUUUCGUGUCGUAGAGACUUUCACCCCUGUUGAGGCACCUCCUCUGCCCACAGCUUACUACCGUUACAUUGAACGCUCAUCAGAGGAGCAGGAAACUGUGGCUGAGUACGACAUGGACGAAGAAGACGCCGCCUGGCUGGAGAUAGUCAACAAUGGCCGGACGGCAGAGGGCUGCUCCCCACUCUCCCCGGAUGUCUUUGAGCUGCUGGUGGACCGUCUUGAGGAUGAGUCAUACCGGGAGGCGCGCGUCCGGGUACCCUCUCAGAACAUUGAUGAUGACGCCUUCUGCUGCGUGUGCCUGGACGACGAGUGCCUCAACAGCAACGUCAUCCUCUUCUGUGACGCCUGUAACCUGGCCGUGCACCAGGAAUGCUACGGUGUUCCCUACAUCCCAGAGGGCCAGUGGCUGUGCCGCUGCUGUCUUCAGUCCCCGCAGAAACCCGUUGACUGUAUCCUGUGCCCCAACAGAGGCGGCGCCUUUAAGCAAACCAGCGACGGCUGCUGGGCACAUGUAGUCUGCGCUAUAUGGAUCCCUGAAGUCUGUUUUGCCAACACUGUCUUUCUGGAACCGGUGGAAGGCGUCAACAACAUUCCUCCAGCACGCUGGAAGCUCACCUGCUACCUGUGUAAACAGAAGGGCCGCGGGGCAUCCAUCCAGUGCCACAAGGCCAACUGCUACACAGCCUUUCAUGUCACCUGUGCCCAGCGCGCCGGCCUGUUCAUGAAGAUCGACCCGGUGCGAGAGACAAACGUCAACGGAACCACCUUCUCCGUGAAGAAGACUGCGUACUGCGAGACUCAUUCGCCCGCCAGCCAGGACACCACCUCCGAUGAGGAGAACGAAGGACGUGUGGUGGGCAGCCGGGGCAGGGCCAGUCGAGGUCGGAGUGCCUACACGGAUGGUCCUGCUACGCCGAAGAAAGGCAGAAAAUCUGAGGGCGAUGGCAAGGCAGACAAAAAGAAAGGGAAGAGGGACACGGGGUCCACAACACUGAAUACUUCUUCUCCACAAGUGAUAGUGCCUGAAAUACCCACAAGCAGGUUGAAUGCCAUCUGCAAAGGUAUAAUUUUCCAAAAGAAGAACCAUUUCAUCCAGAGGCUGCAUAGUUACUGGCUAUUGAAGCGUCAGUCCCGCAGCGGUGUGCCACUCGUCCGGCGUUUGCACUGUAACGUCCAGUCCCAACGGAACACUGAACAGCCUGAGGUGGAUGAAAAAGUGUCUGCCGCCAGAGAAGCGCUGAGAUACUGGCAGAAGCUUCGGCACGACCUUGAGAAGGCCAGACUGCUGGUGGAGCUCAUACGUAAAAGGGAGAAACUUAAACGAGAACAGAUCAAAGUCCAUCAGGCGGCUCUGGACAUGCAGCUGACUCCAAUGCUGUUACUGCUCCGCUCAACCUUGGACCAGUUGCAGGAGAAGGACACAGCCCAGAUCUUUGCAGAGCCGGUCGACACCACAGAGGUCCCAGACUACCUAGAGUUCAUAAGCCAGCCCAUGGACUUUUCCACCAUGCGCUCCAAGCUUGAAAGUCAUGCCUACCGCUCUGUGGCUGACCUGGAAGCUGACUUCAACCUGAUGGUGUCCAACUGCCUCCUGUACAACACCAAGGACACGGUCUUCCACCGGGCCGCAUUACGUCUCCGGGACCUAGGGGGAGCCGUGUUGCGCCACGCACAGCGACAGGCCACCAACACGGGCCUGGAGCCCAACACGGGCAUGCAUUUGCCAGAGUCGCCCCACAAGCGAGAGUUUUACAGCUGCACGUGGGAGGAUGUGGACAGCAUGCUGGACCCAGACAAUCGUCUCCAUAUGAGUGUGGAGGAGCAACUGAAGGAGCUGCUGGACAAGCUGGACUAUGUCAGCUCAAUGCGAUGCAGUGGCGCCCGCACCCGACGCAUGCGCCUGCUCCGCCGCGAGAUCAACAGCAUUCGGUACCGGCAAGGGCAGCAACACCGCUACGGCCUUCACAACGGGCGUCUCAAAGAAGACAGCACCGAAGAGGACAACAAUGACAACAACGAUGAUGAUGAGGAAGAGGAGGAGGAGAAUGAUGAUGACAAGGCAGAUGAGGUCAAGGCAGAAAACGGCCUUGCAUCCUCAGACAAAGAAGACUUCAAACCAGCCUCGCCCCCCACACUGGAACCCACCGGGCCGGCCCCUCCUCCCCGGCUAGGAGACGCACCACUGGAGCCUCCCACCCUUCGGCCAAUCACGACGCAGCCCCCGUCCCACACAAGCUGGCUCUGCAAACGCCUAAAGCUGGAGGACCACGGCACUGCAGAGGAUAUUGUUUGCACUAAAACCCAGGAGGUAUCACUGUCGUCGCUGCCAAGUUUGCACAGUGAGGGGUCAGCGGUGGCCAACGGCCUGUCAGAUCAUUGCACCCCCACGCGGCCCAUCACCGGCGGGGUUGGGCGACGGACCUCUGUGUUGUUCAAAAAGGCAAAAAAUGGCGCUAAGCUGUUCAGAGAGAGAGACAGUCCUGUACCCAAUGGGAAGGCAGCACAGGACGACAGUUCAAGCGUCUCCCUCAGCUCACCAGACACCCCUUCGACUACCCCUUUGUCCACUCCCACCAAAACCCCUCAGAAGGCCAUAGGACCACCUUGCCUAAAUGACCAAUGGACCACCAGUCAAGACUUGAGCUCAGAUGGAGAGCAUGACAGAACACCAAAUAAGAAAUGUGGACUGACUAACGGCUUCGACAAGCACAAAGAUGACGGCGGGUCCGAUCGUGAGUACAGCCCCUGCCCAGUCCUCCGCAAAGAAAUCACCUCACCACCCAAAAGAAGCCUGGGGAAGCCCGCUCUAUCCAAAGUUCCCUUCCUGGACAUCGUCAAUGGAGAUGCUGACUACACUGGUAAUGGCAGCCAUACAUCAGAGGAUGAGACAGAGCUUGAGCCUCUAGAUCUGGUUUGGGCCAAAUGUCGUGGAUAUCCCUCCUAUCCUGCCCUGAUCAUCGACCCAGAAAUGCCGGAGGAAGGCUUGCUGCUCAAUGGGGUGCCCAUCCCUGUUCCCCCUAAAGACGUCCUCCGCCUGGGGGAACAGAGGCAGGAGGAGACCAGCCAGAGGCUCUACCUGGUGCUCUUCUUUGACAACAAGCGCACAUGGCAGUGGCUCCCUCGCGACAAGCUGACACCUCUGGGCGCCGACGACACAGCGGACAAGCUGCGCAUCAUGGAGGGCCGCAAGCCCAGCAUCCGCAAGUCUGUGCAGGUGGCUUAUGACCGCGCCAUGAUCCACCAGAGCAGAGUCAGCCACAGCCAAGGCUUUGUCACCUCCAACUUCCUGUAGACCCCUUCAAAAAGUGGCUCCCCCACCAUCAUCCCGCCAACCCUGUUCUACUGGGUAUGCUUGACAUGCAAGUGAGUCCAGGCGUGUGCGUGUGUGAUGCUGACCUGCCAAGAAGUCGCAAGAGAAGAGAAAUUGAAACAAUAUUUAUAAAGUGCAGAGGAUCACUGCCAUAUUUUAUAAAAUAGCUUUUUAUCACAUUUUAACAUUUUACAAAUACACUUGUACAGUACAAAGGUACACAUUGUGUACAUAUGUGUCUAUGAUGACAUCUAAUUUUAUGUUGCUGUUGUUCUUUUUAAAUGCGUUUUUCAAUCAGGCCACAUUAGGCAAAGUUAUGCUGUUUAUAUUGUUUGUGUGUGUGUGUGUGUGUGUGUGUGUGUGUGUGUGUGUGUACUACACAAUGAAUGAGCCGUUUGUUCUUAAUUAUGAAAUUCUCUCUUUUUUGAUACAAAGAGAAAUAAUUUAUUUAUGGAAGACACAGCUUAUAGAAAUAAAACUAUAUUGGUAAAAAAGCAAGAAUUUUAAAUUGUAUUUAAAAAAUAAAUUGUGAGGCUUUAAUAAGAAAUGGAUAAGAAAAACACAUUUUAACGGGCAAGGUUAUACAUUUUAGUUGUUUUUAACAAGAUCUUCCUCACCCCUGUAGCUCCACCCAGCCCAGCUAUUUAUUACGAAAUAUCACAAACAUAUACAUCUUUUAUAAGCUUAUGUGCCACUUGCAUAUUUGAACUACUCACCAAAUACUUUUGUUGGAAUCAAUUAUUUCCUCAUGUGGGGAAGUAAAUGCUCUAUUAAACCUUUUGGAAUAUAGAACAUUGGCCUUUUUUCCCCUUUUCUUUUGAAUGAAAGUGUUACUUGGGCAAUAUUAACACUGGAGGUCAGUUCCGAUUUUUUUGCUCAUAUGUGACCUGUAUCUGAUUUUUCAUGUCAGUGUGAACAGCACAGUUUGAUUUUUUUCAAAUGCGACUCAGGCCUCAUUCGUAUGUGGAUAUAAAUCCGAUAUGUAUGCGAUGCGACUACAGUAUGAACGGUGAGGUCGCAUGUGAAAGGCGUGUAUUGCCGUGCUUACGGAGACUACUCACGGAUGUAGGCAGUCAUGGAAAGGCGUGCUGUAUUGUGCAAAAUUUGGAUAAAGGUACUCACCGAUGUAGGCAAAAAUUCUUCUCAUCUGAAAGUGAUUUUUAAAAGGUGUUAGCAAAGCAGCUCUCGUCAAUGUCUCACCACUCCUGUCACCCACGCGUACCUUUGAACAGACGCGGCAGCAAGUUAAGUUGUCUACAACCUGCCCUAGCCAAAAUGUUCACCCUCUUUCUUCUUAAUCUGCUGCACGGAAUCAUUUGGUUGAGAAAAUAUUGACGCCGGUUGCACAAAAUUGCACAAAAUCCUUGAAAUUGUGCCACAAGCGCGUUAAGGAGAGCAAGCUAGUAAUGUGCUG